AUGCAUCACAGUCGUCGCAAAUCCGGCCAUGCGUCAACAAACAGUUCAACCACCGAUGUUCGCAAAGCCGUGGCCAAUUCAGAUCUCUCGAAACCUAGGCGACCACAGACUUUGAGUCGGAAAUCAACGCCACAAGUGGUGCAGAAGCUGGGUAAGAACCCGAGGGACCGGGAGAGGGAAUGGGAAGAAGAGCGUUGGUUUGAUGAUGAGCGGGAAAGCUUUCCACAAUUUUGUAUGACUUGCGAAAAGCAAUUCACCCCACAGGAUGACAAGUUUUUAUAUUGCUCCGAGGCGUGUCGCGAACAUGAUCAGAAUGCAAGCGUCAGGGCAUCGUCAUCACACCCACCACUUAGGGGGCAUGACGGCUUCGGCGCCAACAUGCGAUUCUAUUCCGCUGGAAACUCGGAACCCCGAGACAUCAUCCCCCGCGCUUCGCCGUCUCGUUGGUCGCCGCCCACAACACCCACCACCGAUCAGUAUACCAGUGCCGUUUCAGCCCUGAGGUCAUUAAGUAUACGGCCAGUAAGCCCGACUUCGCCGACAUCCGGCGGUCACAAUGCCAUGUGGCCCUUCACCCGUAGCGCCAUUACUAGCCCUAGCACAUCAUACACGAAAUCAUCUAACUGCUAUUCUUCCACAUACGACAACGGGUAUGCAGUUACAGGAUACGGCUAUAACCAAGCCAAUACAACAACCAGCCGACCGUUACCUUCGAGGAAGCCAGGUGCCUACUCGAGGCCAAAGAGCAUCGAGUUGGUAACACCGAUUGUUGGUCGCUGA